UCCCGCUCCACCCUAUUAAACCUAACCCACACAGAGACGUUGAAGCCAAGUUAAUUUUUCUCUAGCAAUGGCGGCUCCAAGUCUUUUAUCUCAAACCUUAAUUGUCAACUCCUCAAAAUCCCCUACUCAGUAUAGUUUCUUUUCAAAUCCCGUUUUACACUUCAAGCUCAACUCUUCUCCAAGAAUCUCCACUAUAAGCAUUAAGGCAGUGCUUUCCGUUCCAGUGCCAAAAGCCCAGAAAUUUCAGCACUGUUUUACAAAACCUGAAGAUGGGUUUUUGUACUGUGAGGGAAAUAAGGUUGAGGACAUUAUGAAGGUUGUGGAAAAGAGGCCUUUUUAUCUAUACAGCAAGCCCCAGAUUACUAGAAAUGUUGAGGCAUAUAUAGAGGCUUUGGAGGGUCUGAAUUCAAUUAUUGGGUAUGCUAUUAAGGCUAAUAACAAUUUAAAGGUUUUGGAGCAUUUGAGGAAGUUGGGAUGUGGGGCAGUUUUAGUUAGCGGGAAUGAACUCAAAUUGGCUCUCCAUGCUGGUUUUGAUCCUACAAGAUGUGUUUUUAACGGAAAUGGAAAAAUAUUGGAGGAUCUUGUUCUAGCUGCCCAAGAAGGUGUUUUUGUAAACAUUGAUAGCGAAUUUGAUCUGGAAAACAUUGUAAGCGCGGCAAGAAUUGCCGGAAAGAGAGUUAAUGUGUUGCUUCGGAUAAACCCAGAUGUUGAUCCUCAGGUCCAUCCAUAUGUUGCCACUGGAAACAAGAACUCAAAGUUUGGCAUCCGAAAUGAGAAGCUUCAGUGGUUUCUGGAUGCGGUGAAGGCACAUCCAACUGAAUUAAAACUCAUCGGUGCCCAUUGCCAUCUCGGGUCUACCAUUACAAAGGUAGACAUUUUCAGAGAUGCUGCAGCCUUAAUGGUAAACUACAUUGAUCAAAUCCGUGCCCAAGGAUUUGAAAUUCAUUAUUUGAACAUUGGAGGUGGACUUGGAAUUGAUUACUAUCAUACUGGAGCUCUACUUCCCACUCCUAGGGAUCUUAUCGAUACUGUAAGAGAAUUGGUUCUUUCAAGAGAUCUCAAUCUCAUAAUUGAACCUGGAAGAUCGCUUAUUGCAAAUACUUGUUGCUUCAUCAAUCGUGUCACUGGAGUUAAGACAAAUGGGUCAAAAAAUUUUAUUGUUAUUGAUGGAAGCAUGGCAGAACUUAUUCGCCCAAGUUUAUACGGAGCUUAUCAGCACAUAGAGUUGGUUUCCCCUACUUCCCCAGAUGCUGAGGUUUCAACGUUUGAUGUUGUGGGACCGGUUUGUGAGUCCGCGGAUUUCUUGGGGAAGGAUAGGGAACUUCCCACACCAACAAAGGGUGCAGGCCUUGUAGUUCAUGAUGCAGGUGCGUACUGCAUGAGUAUGGCUUCCACUUACAAUCUCAAGAUGCGUCCUCCGGAAUAUUGGGUUGAGGAGGAUGGAUCUGUGUCCAAAAUCCGGCAUGGGGAGACAUUUGAAGACCAUAUAAGAUUCUUUGAUGGGCUUUAACUGAUUAAAAAAUAAUAAUAGUAUGGCUGGCGUUGAUCGCCAUUUUUAGUGGGCGAGGAUCUGUAAUGUUGCUGCAAUUACUGCUAGUGGAUCUCUAUGGGGGGCCCUUCCCCGUUUUUUGAAACCGAGAUGUGUUGUUUAUGUUCUUCAAAGUUGUCCCGUUUUCGUAUAUUAAAAUGAUGAGAAAUUGCCCUAAAAAGGAGUAAAUGAGGUUUGGAAUUCCAUAAUAGAUUUUGGAAUAGGAGUCGUUAUUGCCAUGAUUGAAAAAUACUGUCAUUAAUUAUAAUAAGUAUUGUCAUGUUAAAUGCACAAC